GUGAUAAGAGGAGUGACGACUGAUCACGCAUCCAUGAAUUUAGUAGUGUCAAAAGACAAAAACGAGCCAUAUAGAUCGCUUCUAAACGAGUAUGCCGAUCUGACGAGGGUAUCAUACGAUAACAGAGAUCUUAAACAUACGGUACAGCACCAUAUUAUAACGAAAGGUCCACCGACUAAAUCAAGACCACGAAGGCUAGACCCGAAAAGGUUGGAUGUCGCGAAACGAGAGUUCGAAAAGUUGACGAAGCUUGGUAUCAUAAGACCUUCUAAUAGUCCCUGGGCGUCCCCAUUGCAUAUGGUGUCGAAGAAGAAUGGGGAAAUCAGGCCAUGCGGAGACUAUAGAGCCCUUAACAAGCAAACGAUAGCAGACAGAUAUCCGAUACCACAUAUCCACGAUAUUACUACCAAUAUGGAAGGUGCCACGAUAUUUUCGAAAAUCGAUCUCGUUCGAGCUUAUUACCAUAUUCCCGUAGCGGCAGAAGAUAUAUCUAAAACGGCUAUAACUACUCCAUUUGGGUUAUUCGAGUUUUUGCGAAUGCCCUUCGGAUUAACCAAUGCAGCCCAAACCUUCCAAAGAUUCAUCGAUCAGGUCGUCAGGGGUUUGACAGGAGUUCACGCAUAUAUCGAUGAUAUACUAGUAGCUAGCUCUACCAGAGAAGAACAUCUACAACAUCUACGACAGUUGUUUACAAGACUUCAAGAACAUGGCGUCACUAUUAACGUGGAAAAGUGUGAAUUUGGAAAGGAAUCAUUGCAAUUCCUAGGUCAUAUGAUAAAUUCACAUGGUAUCAUGCCAGUUCCGACAGAAGUUGCUGCUAUUCGUAAUUAUCCGUUGCCCGAUUCACAAAGAAAAUUACGAAGAUUCUUGGGGCUAAUAAACUAUUAUAGACGAUUUAUCCCAAACUGCGCAGCAAUAGUACAGCCAUUGACGGACGCCUUGCGAGGACAUACUCGAACAUUCCGUCUAUCAGCGGAUGCUAUACAGGCUUUCGAGAACGCUAAGCGAGCGCUAAACGAGAAGAUGAUGUUGGUACGACGAAAGAACGAAGCACCAUUAGCAGUAAUGACAGACGCAUCGAACUUAGCAGUAGGAGCCGUUUUGCAGCAGUUAGUAAACGGUGUAUGGGAGCCACUUUCAUUUUUCUCGAAAAGAUUAAAUCCUACCCAAACGAGAUAUAGUACGUUUGGAAGAGAAUUGUUAGCAAUCUACUUAGCAAUAAAACACUUCCGUCAUAUGGUCGAAGGCAUAAGUUUUACCGUCUAUACAGACCACAAACCGCUAACGAAAGCAUUAAGCGCAAAGCAAGACAAUUAUUCCUCGAGAGAGAUCCGACAACUAGAGUUCAUUUCACAGUUCACGUCCGACAUACAGUACGUUAAAGGACAAGAAAACGAUGUGGCUGACGCAUUGUCACGAGCAACGAUAAGCACACUUAUGGCAAGUGGAAUUGAUUAUAACGGUCUAGCAAAGUUGCAGGAGAGAGACAUCGAGCUAAAUAAACUCAGAUCCGGUGGUUCAACAUCAUUAGUACUCGAAGAGGUGCAGUUUGGUAACACGAAAGUAAUUUGCGAUACAUCAACAGGCCGACCGCGACCAUUUAUCCCAAAAACGUUGCGACACAAAAUAUUCGAAAGCAUGCACAACAUGUCGCACCCAGGAAUAAAAGCCACGAUAAAGCUGAUUAGUGAACGAUUCGUAUGGACAAACAUGAAUCACGAUGUACGUAAUUGGACACAAGCAUGCAUGAAGUGCCAAAAAGUUAAGGUACAUCGUCAUACUAGCUCUGCAGUAGGUCCGUUUUCACACCCAGACACUAGAUUUGAACAUAUACACAUCGAUAUUGUAGGACCACUGCCCGUUUCAAAUGGAUACAACUAUAUCUUUACAUGCAUCGAUAGGUUUACACGAUGGCCGGUAGCAGUGCCGAUAAAAGACACCUCAGCUGAAACGGUAGCUAAAACCCUAGUUGAAAAUUGGAUUUCUUACUACGGUGUACCAACGAUUAUCACAACGGAUAGAGGAGCACAAUUUGAAAGUCGACUCUUUCAGCAGCUUACAGAAUUUCUCGGUAUUAAACGAAUCCGAACGACGUCGUACCAUCCAAUGGAAAACGGAAUGGUUGAACGCCUACAUAGGCAAUUAAAAGCGUCCCUUACAGCCGUCAUCGUUAACAACGAUUGGUCUAAUAAACUUCCCCUAGUAAUGUUAGCCCUAAGAGCAACAAUUAAACAAGACAUGGGAUGUUGUCCAGCCGAGUUAGUUUACGGAACUACUCUACGAUUACCCGGAGAAUUCUUCACUUCAAGUAAAAAUGUCCCGACUGAUGUAACCGGCUAUGUGCAACGCCUGAGAAAGCACAUGAGCGAUUUAAAAAUAACACCUCCCAGACCACAACAACGACGGGUAUUCAUACCACAGGAACUACAUAACAGCUCUCACGUAUUCAUCAGAAGAGAUAAAGUACAACCACCUCUUCAACCGAGUUACGACGGACCAUUUAAAGUGGUAGAGAGGACAAAUAAAACGGUUACCAUAGAGAAAACUGGGAAGACAGAUGUAAUUAGCAUCGAUCGAGUAAAGCCAGCUUUUAUCGAUAGCGAUAUUCAAUCAACAAGUACAGACUCCUCUAAGAUGGUCAUACCAGCGAAACACGAGUCCCAAAAAUCAACAACUUUAACUCAACAAAAAGACAAGACUCCGAUAACAACAAGAUCCGGCCGCAGAGUAAGAUGACCCCAGCAUUAUGUCGCUACAAUUUUCUAUUAAUAAUAAUCUACUAUUUGGAAUAUUAAUUAUAACUUCUACCUCAUUGUAUACACAUGCAUUAUUAAGCUCAUGUUAUACGCUAUAAAACUCAACGUAUCUUAUGUACUUUUACACUUAUGCGUAUAAUUUUUGUUUAAAAUGUAAAGACAAUACCGCUUUCCUUCUAUUUUUUGCUAUUAUUUUAUGUAACCUCACGGACGGGCGCAAAUCAAAUGUACAGCACACAAUAACUUCACCUUAAUUUUGUAUAAGCCAUUUUUUCUACCCUAUUCAGUCUACUAUUUUUUUUAUGCAAACACAGACAUUUUCCAUAUAUCUUUGUUUGCAGGGGGGAGCUAUUAUAGCGACUCACGUGUUAAUGGGUUUAUUUUCAUUUAACCCAGUUAAGCCCUUUUUGUUAACUUAUUUAGCGGACAAAGCCAUCCGCGCUAUAGCAAUGUAUUGUAUCCUUAUUAUUAUUUUGAGCUUGUAUGAAAUACGUAUGCUUGAAUAUUGAUUACUGCCUACGCAUUUAUUCACUCUGCUAAUCUUACCACUAACCGCUUAUUCGAUUCGAUUACUCAUUCAUUUCACAUGGUAUAUAUAUGUCCAUGUUAUUCAUAUUGAACACACAAUCGCUCACUCGCUCGCACGGUCUCGUCACGCUCUUGCUCUGGCUCUCGUUCGCUUGCUUGCCUUUCGGCACAACUCUCCUAUGCUUGUUUAACACAUCUGUACAUUUGGAUAUAUGUGUGUGGUUUCGCAAUGAACGUAAUCGACACUUCGUAUUUGCCUUCUGAUUAAUAUACCGUUGGUACGUUAUAUAGAAAGGUUAUCGCGACGAACAGUAUACGAAGUUUAAGGAUUAUAUCAAAUACCGACCACCACAACCAUUGAGCCAGCCGGCAUUCAGCGGUGUUAAUGUCUAACUUUAACUAAUCCAUGGAAUCGAGCAACACAUUCACCAUUGUCAUCAAUGAGUUACUAUCUCACAAUUGACCCGGUUGAACUCCACUGGUCACUGUUUCUCAGUGGA